AUGGCUCUCCUUGUUAGCAUGAUUUCUUCUCAUGGUGUUAUUCUGACUUUUGAGUAUGUUGAGACUCUCUGGGAGAAGUAUGACUUUCAGCAAAAGGAUGGAGUAUUUCUACCCUUGGACAGAACCUCAUUUCUGGAACCUCCUUUGGUAAAAGUCGGUGUCUACGCCAAUACCUUUGAUGUUCCCUAUCGAGUUCCGACUACUGGUUUUCUUAACAAGGGGAUUUGUAGUUUUGACCAAUUGCUCCUUAUGAUAGCCUUCCCCCUCCCUACCAUAAAUUUUCUCAAGGAUUCACUACUUCUGCUGUUUCAGUACCUUCACACUCGACCCUCGUCGCCGAGAUGCCUAGAAACCUAUUUGGCACUACUUACCAUGCUUCCUCCUCCCAUCCCUUCCGAGGUUUUGUAG